AUGAGGCCAACCACACUUGGUGUAUUCCCCGGCGUCGGGGAACAACAGCCGAUCGGACCGGCAGCUCCCCAGUUUUUCCAGUCCGCAACCUCCGACCACGAUCCCACCGCGCAUCACAUCGCGACCCAAUCCAGUCAUGCAGAUAUGGCGGCGCGCCUUCUCCACAUUCUCCAAUCCAGCAAGGCCGAGGGCCCCUGCCGACUUGAAGACCAGGAGGUCAAAGUGAAUGGAUUCAUUCGAUCUGUUCGCAAACAAAAGCACCGGGCUUUUGCUGAGAUCUCAGACGGCUCUACAAUUGAACCCUUACAGGCAAUCUUGAACCCAGAGCAAGCGACUAGUUUGUCCACAGGAACUGCUGUCAGCGUGUCGGGAAUAUGGAAAGCUUGUCCGCCAGGGAAGAAGCAGUCUCAUGAGCUUCAGAUCACUGACGUGGCCGUGACAGGCGCGUCAGAACCGGAGACAUUCCCCAUUCAAAAGAAAUACCAAAGCGUCGAUUUCUUGCGCCAAAUUCCUCAUCUUCGUAUGCGUACCCCCCUUCAAUCAUUACUUGCGCGAUUCCGAUCCGAAUGUCUAUUCCAACUCGGCAAUGUUUUCCACUCAUAUCCCCAUGGCGGCUUUACACAAGUGCAACCACCGAUAAUUACAUCUUCUGAUUGCGAAGGAGCGGGCGAAACGUUCACAUUGAUGCCACGCGGUGCUACCGCCGACGACGCCGAGACCGAGCACUUCUUCCGCUCACCCAAAUAUCUCACAGUGUCAUCACAAUUGCACCUCGAGGCGUACGCAGCGGAGCUUGGAAAUGUAUGGACAUUGACGCCUGUUUUCCGAGCGGAAAGGAGCGAUACACCGCGUCAUUUGAGCGAGUUUUAUAUGCUAGAGGCGGAGGCCAACUUCAUGUCGGAUUUAGAUGCGCUCACCGAUCAGGUGGAAUAUUUACUACGUGACUUGACACGGCGAUUGUAUGAUACAGCUGCCGGGAAAGAAAUACUUUCUAUCAAGCGCACCGGCGAGCCUGGACAGGAGAUCAAUACAGAAGAGGCAGAGCAAAGCUUGCGGCAACGGUGGUCAGUCUUGAUGGACGGUCCUAAAUGGCACCGUGUUACAUACACCAAAGCCAUAGAAAUGCUCCAGCGGGCAGUUUCUGAAGACGGGGCCUCAUUUGAACAUGCCCCUACCUGGGAUGGUGGAUUACAGCUUGAACAUGAGAAGUACAUCGUGGAAGUUCUCUUCCAAGGUACCCCGGUUUUUGUUACAGAUUACCCCAAAACAAUCAAGCCAUUCUACAUGGCUCCUUCACAUAUUUGUGAAGGCCAAGAGGAACAGAACAACACUACAGGGGAGACUGUUGCUUGCUUUGAUCUCCUCUUCCCGGAGAUCGCUGAGGUCGCUGGCGGCUCUUUGCGUGAGCACCGCUUACCGAACAUCGUCGAGAACAUGCGUCAGUACGGCCUGAUCAAGUCUAGGGUAUCUGAUGACUCUGAUACUUCUGUUCCAACAGAGGCAUUAUACCCUCACCUCUCUCCGACCGAGGAUCUUGGUCAUCUCCAAUGGUAUGCUGACCUUCGACGAUGGGGUUCAGCACCACAUGGAGGCUUUGGGCUUGGAUUUGAUAGAUUCUUGGGCUACUUAUCUGGCGUUUCUAGCGUUCGUGAUACAGUGGCAUUUCCACGAUACUUUGGCCGUGCGGACUGCUAA